ACUCAACAUGAUCGCCAGAGACACGGGCCGUCUGAUUGUGCUGUCAGCAUUUGUAGCACUUUGUGCUAUAGUGCUGUUUUCUUCCGAAACUGAAGCCAAAGGAUAUGGUGACGUUUCUCCUUACAAAGGCUCGGUGAAACGUGGUGGUGGCAAAUAUUUUCCAGGUGUACCGUUUAAAAAACGGUAUGGAAAAGGUAGAAAAAGAUUCGGUGUAGGUUGGAGAGGAAGAAAAAAUCGAUUUUUAAAGAAAUUUGGACGCAGAGGAAACCGAAAGGGAUAUGGUAAAGGCAGAGGACUUGGAAAUAAAAUAGGAAGACGUUAUUAUGGUCUCCGAAAACGAGGAAAAGGUGGAAAAUAUAGAGGUCUAUGGAAGGGAUCGAGGAAAAAUAAUAAAGUACGUCGACGAGGUUACGGAGGAAGAAAAGGAAAGAGGUAUGGUGGAAAGAGGUACGGUGGAAAGAGAGGAAGGAAGUAUCGCGGAAGAAAGGGAAGAAAAUAUGCCGGAAAGAAGGGGAGGAAGUAUAGAGGAAAGAAAUACAGGGGUAGAAAGGGGAAAAGUUACAGAGGAAAGGGAUCAAAAGGGUAUCCUAAAAAGAAGGAUGAAAACUGCUAGGAAGGGCUAUUAUUAAAUGGCUUUAUUUCUUGAACAUGUAGAAAAAAUAUUUGUCGAAAUAAAAUCUAAAACUUUAACAGAA